AUGGAUACAGGUGUUGACUUCACAUACUUUAGCUCGGCACCUGUACCUGUUUCGUACUAUGGUCUCCCACCAACGCCUCAAAGCAACACGCCUCGCGGCGACGACUUCAAGAGCUAUCAGAGUAAUGAUCCCUUUGAUCCUGCCUUUGCAGCUGCCUUUCAGCAUAACUUCCAAUAUGAUCCUUCACAGUUUGUUACUCAACCCCACCAUACGCAUCAUCAAAUAGCCAGCAUCACGCCGGCUAUCCAGUCGAUGCAACAAAGGCCCCCGUUGAUAUCACUCCCGACGGAUCAGUCCUACGAUCAAUUCGACGAUACUGCCAUGAGCCCUACCGAUCCUACAGGACUCCAACGCAGCAGUAGCGAAGAGAAGGAUAAUCUUACACCGCAGCAAAACAAGCGAAAGGCACAGAAUAGGGCUGCGCAACGGGCUUUCCGGGAGAGGAAAGAGAAACGUGUUAAAGAUUUAGAAGCACGGAAUACGACUCUACAACACCAAUACAUUACCCUGCAGACUGAGCUUGAACGUCUUCGAAGAGAAUUGACUCGUGCAACUACCGAAAAUGAGAUUCUUCGAGCUACCUCUGGCUCAUCGUCUAAUGGUCCAGCGCCGUUCCUUCUUGACAAAGAUAGAGACGAUUUGGAUUCUGUUGUGCCAGGGCCUCUGGGAUACACACCAACCGAUUAUUCUUCUAAGCUGCGGACCACCAAAGAGAGUACUACGGACUGGGUACCAAAUGCAAAGUGGGCACAGUUUGGGGUACCCAUCGCCGACCCCAUCGAUGAGGAGAAUGGAGAACCACUCUACACAGCUGGCCAGACCUGGGACUACAUUCAACGACAUGAGCUGUUCAAGAAAGGCCUUGUCGACGUAGGCGAUGUUUGUGAGCGGCUAAAGAAAGCUGCAAGAUGUGGUAACGGUCAUGGCCCCGUCUUUCUAGAAGGUGACAUUCGAAAAGCCAUUCAGGAGAGUGCUGUUGCUGGUGGUAGAGAUGAACUAAUUUAA